CAAAGUAUAUGGUGUUCAUUUGUCGGCAAACAAGCGUAAAGGUAGAAAUGUUCGGCAGAUUGCAACAAAUUUUGGAAAUUGCUGUUUGUAACGAAUGAAAAAAAACAAAAACAAAGUAUUCAACGCGUCGUUGCUAAAGUGACUGUGCAAUAAAAUUCUACUAACAAAUAAAAUUCACAUUCCAAUAAUGAAACAGGAAUGAAUAUAAAAAAAAAAUGUGAAAACGUCACAAAGCAGCAGACAAUAAAAAAGUUAACAUUAAAAGUGUAAAAACGUAAGCAAAUUUAAAUAAAAAAAUCUCACAUCGAAUUUAUUUAACAAAAAUCUACAUAAACAAGUUUAAUAAAACAAAAGUAAAAUUAGAAAUUAUCAAAAAAAAAAAUAAUAAUAAAAAACAACAGGAAUACGAAACCGCCAAAUCAGCAACAAAAACCAACUACAAAAUAAAGCAAACAAAUCCACACAAAAGGCAAAACAACAACAUUCCCUUAUAAGUUGAAAAACUACCUGUUCGCUCAUUCGUGCUUAGCUCACUCUCAUGCCCGGACUUAGACUCUCCGUCUUUGCGUUUACAGCUACAUAAGUGAAUAUGCGCUCAACACUCAACUAAUAUCUAUUACUGCUGAUCUCGACAAUUCGCCAGCAUUCUUUAGCAGUUAAAAUCCUAGUAAGUACUGGGAAAAAGUCUAAAUAAAAGUAAACAUUUAAAAAUUAACCAAAAAAUACAGUGCAAUAUCAAAAAAAAAAAAAUCUCGCUUACUUUUGCAUUGAAAGCAAACCGCAAUAGUGCAUAUGAAUUGUUAAAAAAAUAUCUCCCACAAAAAAUACGCCCCCAAACAGUGUGCCAGUGAAUGUCAAUUAAAUUUUUGUGUAUAAUUUGUGUACUAAUAAAUGUAAACGCACAGCCAAAUGCGCUAAGUGAGUGAAAAUACUUGUGUACAAACAUAAAUGUAUCCAAAUAAGAGCAUUCAAAUUCUAUCAUUGGUGUUCAAGCAAAAGAGUGCAUAGAGAAAAAAUAGUGUGAGCGAAAAAUUCUCGAUCCCAUUCAAUAUUUUGUUGUUUGAGUCUUGCACAUCAAGUAUUGUGUUUAUUUUUGUUUUUGUUUUGUGAAUAUAACCAGAACUCGUUUUUGUUGGCUAAUCUUCAUUUACGAAAGUUUGUCUACCUGUACAACUGUCGGCGCUAAAUAAGCGGUCGAAAGGCAAAGAAGUGGUACACCAAUUUCUCGUUGGAUUUCAAACGGAUUUGUUGGGAUAAGGUUGAUCGCACUAAAAAGGAAUAAAAUUGUCCAAAUUCAAGGCAGUUCAAAUAAAUAUAUAUUUUUUAUAUAAAAAUAUAAAACGCACAACAAACUAAAAAAGAAAAAAAAUAAUCACGAACCCAAAAUGGCACCAAUGCCCAGCAUGAAGGGCGUUAAGCCCAAUGGAAACUUCCUUUACGCCGACGCCGAUUCACCGGGUGACACAAGUCCGACGCCCUCAACGCCGCCUUCUAGCACAGCAGAUGCCGCCAAAUCGCAAUGCUCUUCCCUAUCUGAUGGCGAAUCAUUCGAGGGCUACGGUGAGAAUGAAGUGCGCGCUUUGCAUCAUCGCCAUCACCAUCAACGCACUGCAUCUAGCGCCUCGGCCGGCAUGUUGCGCACCGAUGUGCCCCAUAAUAAUAGUGACAGCGCGGCCGCAGGUGGCAGUGGCGUUGGCGGUGUGGAAUUGGAGUUGGCGCCACAUGACAACGCUACGUCGACGCCGAGCAACGAUGACGAGUUGAAUAUCAUUCCGCGCGACAAUUGGGCACGCAUGAGUCUACGUCGCACCACCACAACCUCCAGCAAUCCUGACAGUCUAACGAAUCGUCGUUGGGGUUCCAUGAGACAUUCCGGUCGUCGGCAGUUGGGCUCUAAUGCCUUAGCCAGAUCAUCAAGUUUCAAUUCCUCUGGACGUAGCUCCAACUGUGAUACCACAGAAGACAUGUAUAGCGACAUAAGUUUGGAUAAUGUGCAGGACUUGAAUUAUAAGAUACCGCCAACACCGCCGACAGCGCCUUGCUUUUCUGGCAAAUUAAUUAUGAUGCGCGUGCGUCAUUUUGCUGAAUUGGCGAGUGACUCAGUGGGCGAGUGA